GUUAAAAAAGUUAAAAAAGAUAGAGAAGCCUAAAAUUCCUUUGUCACAAAAAUGUGAUAUAAUUAAUAACCAUGUGCCAACUGGUUGACUGUUACGGCACCUAGUAGGAAAUUUUGUGUCACCUUGCUCUAAUUGAAAGUUGAUACUAUUUUUCUGAUGCAGAAAAUAAUUAGUAAAAAUAAAUACAUUUACUAAAACACAUGCAGAUUCACUUUUCAAAGUUUCAGAUAUGGACUUUUAUUUUUUUCCUGGUGAUGGAUCUUAAUGGUCACUUGCUAUGUAAGACACGCUCCCCUUCAUUCUCCCCCUUCCUUCUCUCCCCUUGCAGUUGCUCUGCCAAAUAGAAGAACAAUGUGGUCUUUCUUACCUGUCGGAGGGUGUACAUUCCAUCCCUGCUAAACCAAGACUCAAUCCUGCCUCAAAGCCACUCCUGCUUGAGCAGGGCCCUCACUGCCAUGCUUGCUCUGACUCCAGGUGCUCCACAUCCCACUCCUCAAACUUUUUUUUUUGUUACUUUAGCAGCUUUUGUUCUGCCUGGUUCUAAAACAACCAUUUGGCUUGCUUUUUUCAGCGUUAUAGUGCUAAAUCUCUUUUUUUACUUGCUUUUUAUAUACAUAUAUAUAAUUGGAAUUGAUGGUGUUUGGAGGGAAUUUGUAAAGAGCAAACUUUUUCUCAAAGGGAAGAAAUGUUUCUGUGGUGUGUGCCAGACUGUUGGUUUGUGGUUUGUAAUGUGGGCAAAGGGGAAAUUUGGAGGUUGGAGUGCAAGCGUGCCAUUAAGGAUACAAUAGUGAAAAAAAAAAAAAAAAAAAGAUGGUGUGGGUGCUUUACAGGAAGGUUGCGUUUGUCUGCACAGAGCCAUCCCAUUUAUGCUGGUGGCUGCAGAGGAGCCUAACGGGGAGAGACAGAGUUGAAUAGGACUCAGAGCAAGAGGCCUCGUGCCUUGUGCCUCCUUUGAUAUGUUUGAACGGCCUUAACAUUUUUACUUUUAUUUUUCAUACCAAAAGGAUCCUGCUGAACACCUGAUUUUAUUUUUUACCCUUACCUAUCAACUGUUGAAGAUGCGGAGAUUCUUACUCAGAUUGUCUUAUCAGGGCUUGGCAUAACUGCAGCCUGGAACAGCUGAUGGGAGGAGUCAACUCAACUGAACUGAACCUUUUAUGAGUUCCACAAGAACCUUCAAAACACCCAAAAAGUCACUGAUGUAGCACCGGAAAAUCCAGAGCUAUGAAAGAGAUUUGUGUGUGUGGAGAAUAGCUGUUUUGCUGCAGACUUCUCUGAAUGUGUUCAACUGUCAAUUAUAUUCUCCCUCUGAGGAGAAGCUGUGAGGUAGUGGCUACUUCAGGCAGAUUAUGUGGGGGGUUGUCCAUUUCAGCUAAUUUCCCUGGAGUCAGGCCUAAUGGACAGCCGCAGGACCCCGAGAUGGAUGUUGCGUGGCAGGAGUUGAUGGCAAUAACAGAGCUGCAGGAAUUUGAAGUACCAACUGAAGCAUCCUUUGAAACAACUCAGUACCAGACUACUGGCCCCACAGGAGAAUAUGGCAUUGCUCAGUCUCACUCUGAACCUCCUCUUGCAACUUGUGAGAUGAGCACUGCCAGCACGUAUCCUGGAUGUUACUCCGAAGAGGUUAACUGCCAUCCUCUGGGCGGCAACACGGGGGCAACAUACGAAAACUCUCAGACUAGUCAGCGAAUGAUCUCCGUGCCCCCUUACACUCUGCCAUCUCCCGGGAACAUGCUGGGGACAAGUCAUGGACAUAGAAGAGCUAACGCCUGUCUCUCUCCGGGUUCAAGUCGACACAUGCUUUGGACAGCACUUGGCCAAAGUAUGCAUGGCCGAAUGCCUGAUGGUCCGGAGUCAGAAGCUGGUCUUUCUUUGGGAUCAAGUCCACCCCUAACAUCUCCCGUAAAUCCAGUGGGUGCAGCACAAGGUUUCCAGAAUGUAGAAAUAAAUGUGCCUUAUGCCAAUAUUGAAUCAAGCAAUCAUAAUGAUCAUACCAGAAGGGCACAUGUUAGUUAUUCAAUGGACUACCAAUGUCCACCUCACUCAUAUUUUGACUCAGGGGCAAAUUCUUAUUUUUCUUCUCAAAAUUCAUCUCACCCUCAGUCAUGUGCCACGACUCAUUCAGCAAGACAGCAGCAUCACACCGCCGCUUCAUGUGAACUGUAUAAUGAAACAUUGACCAGCAGGGGGAGCUCUCAGCACAAGUGCCCAAAGCCACACACUGGCCUUUCCAGUUCUGCCCCACUUAGCAGGGACGAGCGGAGGGCCAUGGCUUUGAAGAUCCCCUUCCCCUUGGAUAAAAUUAUCAAUCUACCUGUAGAUGACUUCAACGAGCUGCUGACCCAGUAUACCCUGACCGACAACCAACUUGCACUUGUCAGAGACAUCAGACGGAGGGGAAAGAACAAGGUGGCAGCUCAGAACUGCAGAAAGAGGAAGCUGGAGAGCAUAAUUCAUCUGGAAAGAGAACUGAAUCAGCUGCGGGUGCAGAGAGAACACCUUGCAAAGGAAAGAAUGGAGUUCCAACGCAGCCUCGGCUUUGUUAAAUGUCGUUUGAGAGACCUUUAUGCUGAAGUUUUUUCUCACUUGCGAGACGAAGAUGGACAGCCUUACUCGAUAGAUGAGUAUUCUCUCCAGCAAACGCCUGAUGGGAAAAUCUAUUUGGUACCUCAUACAAUGGAAGCAAGAGACCAGUGUUGAAAUAUGAAGACUUGUUUGUUUUUUAGUUUUUUUUUUUUCUUUUUUAACUUGUUGUGCCAAUCUCAUCUUGUGAUUGAACUGUACGUUUACCAUGACAAACAAGACCAAUGUUUAUAAUGAAAAAAAAAACACUCAAAGUGUUGAAAAAAUAUUUUAUUAAAAAGAGUAAAAACUCAAACUGCACAGCAGUUUUACCACAGUAAAAAAAAAAAAAAAAACUUCAGCAUUAGCACGACCGUUCAGCUAACCUGUGGAAGAAAAUAAUCUUUAUGUUUAAUAAAUACUGCAACAAAUCCAACCAGCAGAAUCAAUGCCUUGUACCUGAGUAAUUUUCAGUGAAAGGAGGAUGUUUUGGUUGUACUGGAUACCACUGGAAAUUACCUAAAAUGCAAAAAAAA